AUGGACCUCAUCUUCUUAUAUUCUAAAGGAAUUCCAUUCUUUGGCAAGUUUGCUGACAUGUCGCUUCCUCCUUCACUUUCAGCUUUGUGUUCACACUACAAAAUUUUAAAAACCUUUCAUUCUUUGGAUGUCAAUACUGCCAAGGAGGACUGGAGGAUUAAGGUGAAGGUGGUUCAGGCUUGGAAAGUUCCUAACUUUCAACGUAAAGAUUUUGACGACAAAAAUGAAAUGGUUUUGAUGGAUGAACAGGGUGGUCGGAUCUAUGCCACUGUCAAAGGUUCUUUGCAGGUACGGAAGAAAAUCCAUGAAGGAGAAUGCUAUUUUAUAAAAAAAUUUGGAGUUGGAUUCAAUAGUGAUAUUUUCAGGCCAACCAGGCAUCAAUAUCGUUUGUCUUUCACCUUGAGGACUGAUGUUAAAUCGAUUGUUGAUUCUAAUCUUUCUGUGAGUGAAUUUGAUUUUGUUGAUUAUGACAUCAUUGAAAAAGAAUCAUCUGACUCUCCUUAUUUAGUGGACAUCAUUGGUUUACUGUCAGGAAUUGGGGAAGUUUGUGAUCGUGUAGUUUCUGGUAGGAAAACCAAAAUGGUGGUGUUGGAUCUUGACAACCUGAGGUAA